AUGAAUGUUGACAACCCAAUAAAUUUGGGUUUAGAGAAUAAUAUUGGCAAGGAAGCUAUUAGACAUCCGCACAAUCCAGAAAGACAAAUAGAAUUUGAAGGCAUAAAUAUUGAUGACAAAAUAAAUUUGGCUUUAGAGGUGAAUAAUAUAGACGAAACUAUUGGAAAGAAGAAUUUAGAAGAGAAUGUUGAGAGAAAAAAUCUUGUUGAGGGUGGUGAAAUGAUUGGUGGGGAGAAGAUUAGGGAGGGGAAUACUGUAGAGAAAGUGGUUGGAGACAACAUAGAAAAAUUAGAUGAGGAUUUGUUUAGAAUAUUCUCAAACAGAAAUCCAGAUUCAAAUACAAUUCCAAAUCCAGUUGUCAAAUCUCCUGUUCCAAAAAAACUAACAUUUGAAAAUUCAGAAUUUCCUUCCUUUGAUCUUCAAAUAACCCAACUAAUGAACGAUGCAGAAACUGGUGAUAAUUCUGAGAGUAGAGAAAGGGAAAAGGGUCAGAAUGUGAAUGAAAGAGGGAAAAGGAAGGUGACUAAUCUAGAUAUUUUUAUAUCACCUUUUGUGAAUAGGGUAAUUGACUUAAGUGAAAAAGCAUGUAUUGGGCAAGAGAUAAUGGCGCAAAUCAUGUUUAGAUGCGUUGGAGACAAAGAUCCAAUGGAAAUGCUGUUUGAAACCGAUUCUGGAGACAUAAUGGAUAGGGUGCAUUUUGAGGGUAUGCGUCCAAAUCAUAAGAUACAUCCUUUCGUUAUUGAUUGUUGGGCUGCUGUUCUUAAUUUUGAAGAAGAAAACCCGAGAAACAAAAAAUCACCACCACGUGUCUUCUUCAACACUCAAAUUAUGAAAAAUUAUUGGAUUCUUCAAUACCUUUUGUCGAAAGAUUCCGACUUUUUGAUGAGGCUGUAA